CCUUUUCUUCCCCAGCUAUUGGCGUCCCGGGCCGCUCGGCUCCACCCCAGCCCGCCAUGGCGUCAGCCGCCGCUAGCCCCGGGAGGAGGUUCCCACUUUAAGAAGUGAAGUUUUCCGUCCCCUCCCCCUCCCUGGCCACCUCCUGCCGCCUCCCGCGCCCCGCGGGACCGCGGAUGGAGCUCCGCCGCGGCGGCGUGGGGAGCCAGGCUGCCGGCCGGAGGAUGGAUGGGGACUGCCGAGAUGGCGGCUGCAAGGACGCCGGGUCGGAGGACUACGAGAACCUGCCGACCAGCGCCUCGGUGUCCACCCACAUGACAGCCGGAGCGAUCGCCGGGAUCCUGGAGCACUCGAUCAUGUACCCAGUGGACUCGGUGAAGACACGAAUGCAGAGUUUGAAUCCAGAUCCCAAAGCCCAGUAUACAAGUAUCUAUGGAGCCCUCAAGAAAAUAAUGCACACGGAAGGCUUCUGGAGGCCUUUGAGGGGCCUGAACGUGAUGAUAAUGGGUGCGGGGCCAGCUCACGCCAUGUAUUUUGCCUGCUAUGAAAACAUGAAAAGGACUUUAAAUGACGUUUUCGGCCAUCAAGGAAACAGCCACCUAGCCAAUGGGAUAGCUGGGAGUAUGGCAACUCUGCUCCAUGAUGCAGUAAUGAAUCCGGCAGAAGUGGUGAAACAACGCUUACAGAUGUACAACUCGCAGCACCAGUCAGCUCUCAACUGCAUCCGGAUGGUGUGGCGGACCGAGGGGUUGGGGGCCUUCUACCGGAGCUAUACCACGCAGCUGACUAUGAACAUACCCUUCCAGUCCAUCCACUUCAUCACCUAUGAGUUCCUACAGGAGCAGGUCAACCCUCGCCGGGACUACAACCCGCAGUCUCACAUCAUCUCAGGAGGGCUGGCCGGUGCACUGGCCGCGGCCGCCACCACCCCACUGGACGUCUGCAAGACCCUCCUCAACACUCAGGACAACACGGCUCUCUCCCUGGCCAACAUCAGUGGCCGGCUGUCGGGCAUGGCUAAUGCCUUCCGGACAGUGUACCAGCUCAAUGGUCUAGCCGGCUACUUUAAAGGUAUCCAACCUCGUGUCAUCUACCAGAUGCCUUCCACCGCCAUUUCCUGGUCCGUGUAUGAAUUCUUCAAGUACUUCCUCACCAAGCGCCAGCUGGAGAAUCGAACUCUGUACUAAAGGAACAGGCAGUGGGAAGUGGUUCCAGCAUCUUUUGUUCCUGCCUCAUCCCCUCCGUCCUCACACUGAGAUCCUGUCGUGCAGGGUGCUGUGCCAGGGGUCCUUUGUUCCCUGGUGCCUUAGAUAAAGGAGGACCGGGCCUCCACUGACCAGAAGGCUGUCUGUGGGGACAAUCUGAGGUAGUGGUAGGAGGGAAAAACUUAGGAAGGAGAGUGAGAAGUGGCAUUUGCAGAGGAAUGUAGCUUUUCUGCCUCACUGUGACAUUCUCCUUCCUAGAUCUUAGAUCACACCACAGGGGGAAGAAGGGCAGCAGUGAGCACAUAAAGAGUGAGUUUAUGUAUAUAAAAAUACCAUUGCCCAGUCUAACAUAGGUGGAUAAUGUUUAUCCUUUAUUUUUCUACAUAGAGAUUUUUGAAAUUGUGUGUGUACUUGUGUGUCCAUAAAUAGUAUGAUUUGGAAUGAUCAACCUGUAUUUAAAAAAUAAGAGGGUUGUAUUCCUUCCAUUGUGUGAAGUUAAAAAAAAAAAAAAAAAAGGAAAACAGGCAUCAAAGUAGUAAAUGGCCUUUGUGGCCUGAAAUUGUGUGGAACCCCCGCUCCCCGGAUGGAAAAUUUAACUUGAAUGUAAAAUAAUAAAUACUGUUUAUAUUUUGAACUUCUUUUCAUCGGGGAAAAAGGUACAUUGAGAACAAAUCAAAAUAAUCUAUGACUUUGAACUAUUUUUUUUUUAAAUGCAGUCACCUUCCUGUGCCUUUCCCUUUGUUUCCUAAAAAUUCCAGGACAACAAAUUGGGGUUCCGGAGCAUUUUCCUCCUGCUGUGGACACACACAUACAGUACUAGGCAGCAAAAGCUGCCUACACUGUAAAGUGGGGGUCUCAGUAGAAUUAGGAUGGCCGGCCUUAAGCUUGCUGUGGUAUUUCCUUGUGAGUGGUGUGUAUGCCUCCUUAGCAUUUAGAAGCCCUGGAUUUACCACCACUUGGCUACUGAUUGAGUGAGGCUGUGAGAUAAAGCCUGCCUCUCAGGACUUCUCUGUCAACCCCGUUCUCAGGCACUUCAAGUAACUUGGUCUGUGUGUGUUUUUACCAAGUUUCCUCCUAAUCCUUUCCCCUUUCAGUCUGGAGAUUUUGAAAAACAUGGUUAGAAUAUUUCUGGCACUUGUCUAUCUCCCCAUCCUGUUCUAGCCAUUUAGCUCUCCCAUCCACAGCCUCUUAUAGCACUGUGAGGCCAGUCCUCCAACUGGGACUCUACUGCUGAUGCCUGGUGUUGACCCCUGGGCCUCUCCACAGCCUGUCUGUCUAGUCUGCAUCACCUGAGAACAUACCACAGCCUCUUUGCUUUGUUUUCUGAAAUGGAGCCAGAUUAUCGAUAAGAGAAAAUACAAACCUGCAUCCUCCAUCUCUGCCACACUCCGAGGUCAGAAUGGUCUGCUUCCCCUUCCCAGCCUAUCAACGAGUAGGAAGCACACAGCUGUUUUCACUUUGGUGGGUCUCCAGCUGCCACCAUAGCUGUGGUUGAUGUGCUUCCUCUUGGACCUCUGGUUCCUAUGGAUGGUGUGGUUGCUUGGGGAGCUCAGCUUGGACUUGGGGGAGUUUUCAUCUUGGGACCAUGCACCCAGUGCUUGGGCAUAAGGUUUUGUUUUUGUCCUAAUGGCUGUGAGAAAUUACAUGAUGAAACUGUCAGUUGAUUUCUUUUUCCAGAUCAAAGCGAUUCUGUAUACUCCACAAGGGAUUUGGGGUUAGCUCCUGACUGUCCUGUCUUAGGGUGACAUCUUUCUUUCACUUCUGUGGAAACCGAUUUCAGCAGACUUCUGUGCACAGCUUUGGUGACCCCUAUCACCACCAAAAAUGUUUGUUUCUACUCGCCCUGCCUGGAUUGUGUUGAAUAAUGCUAAAUUUGUGAAGGGGGGCAGGGGCGGGGAUCAAAUCGUAGAGUCUAAAGUAAAAUUUAAAACAACUCCUAGAAAACAUUCCUACCAUUCCUUUGGGUUCAUUGGUGUAGACUAGACUGUUGCAAACACAGAGUUUCCUCUAGGGUUUUGUUCCCAGUGAUAUACUUCAGGAAUAGUUCCUUUGGUCAUGUAAGAUGGAGCUCUGUGAACUUGAAGCCCAGGGAUCUAUCUCAUUGUGACUUUCCCCUCCCUGAGAUGAUGGAUGGAUAGGGUGGGGGCAGCUUUCCAUUCUUCCUUCCCACCUGGUCAUUUUGAGGCUGAGUGAU